GCUGUAAUUGUAAAACAAUAAAGAAAGGAAUGGGUACUGUCUGUGCUUAAUUACCUAAAGUUUUUAUUUGCAUGAUACGUAUAUACACAUAAAUGUAAUCAUGUAUAAAAAAUAAUAAUAAUAAUUAAACGGUUCACUUAUGUUAUAAAGUAAGGAUUUGGUCUUAUUAACUUCAGGCGGAUUUCAUCAGACUUCUUCACUACGGCUUGUGGUAGGUUCUGACCUUCUCAUCAUUGCCAAGUUUAUAUCACGUGGUAGCGUGGAGAAAAGCCCGUAAAGAUUAAAGACCAACGUUGACUCAAGCUAUGACCACAGUGUUACAUCAUGUAGAACUUUGUGUGAAGAAUGGUCGGAAAGUUUUAGGGAAUUUUAUUCAAAAUUUUGGUUUUCGUUUACAUGCAAGAAGAACGACAGAAUUUGUGGAGCAGAAGGUUGUUAGGUCAGGACAGUCAGUUUUUGUGAUCAACGAAAUACUUCAAAAAGGAGAAUUGAACUUUCGAGAAAACAAACGCAUUGAUGAUGAUUGGACGAUUUUAUGUUGUCAUGAAACUGACACAGUUUUUAACGUGGCCUUACACGUUAAAGAUGUAGGAAAAACAACAGAACGCGCUCGAGCGAUUGGUGCUCACGUAGUCAGAGAACCAUGUGAUGUCCAGGACAGGUGGGGUCACGUGACCUAUUCGAUUGUAAAAUCUUGCUGUGGAAAUGUUCUUCACACACUAAUAAAUAAAGACAAUUAUUUAGGCCCAUUCUUACCAGGUUUUGAGAUGAUGGAAGACUCAGCAGAACAAAAUUCCAGCGGAGUAACACAUGUGGACCACGUGACAUACGUUUGUCGUCCUGGGGAAUCUCAUUCCAUACUUAAUUGGUAUGAGCAAGUUUUUGGCAUGAAACGUUUCUUGAUGAACAGAGAAGAAAAUAUGAAAGAAGGACUGAUCCUUGAUGGUCAAGUUGGUAUGAGACUGAAGGCCAUGGAGUACUGGCGCUGUGCUGAGGUGGGUCUUUCCUCUGCACCAUCAACUCAGCCAGAAAACCCUGGUGCAAACAGUGGGCAAAGUCUGAUAUUUGUUUUAGCAGAAUCCCUGUUUGGUCAAGAAAAUUCACAUGUGGAGACAUUUCUACAUGAGCAUGGAAGUCCAGGAGUCCAACAUAUUGGAUUGACCACAUCUAACAUGCUAGAAACUGUGGCUUAUAUGGCAAAUAAAGGUGUAAUGUUUAGAAAACCACCAGGAGCUUACUACAGACAGCCUGACAAAAUACAGCAAAUUCAUGCAGUAGGACAAGAUUUAAAGGUUUUGCAGCAUCUUGGUAUUCUUUUGGACAGUGAGGCUGACCCAGCAGUUGAGACAAGAUAUGCCUCUGGGCACAGGUACUUGAUGCAGAUCUUCACGCUGCCUUUGUUUGACAGAGAGACUUUCUUCUUGGAGGUGUUACAGCGCCAUGGAGCACGUGGGUUCGGAGCAGGAAAUGUCAUGGCCCUAGCUCGCUCUGUAGAAGAAGAGAAAAGUAAAAUGCUCACAGACAAACAAAACAUAUAAUAGCUAAUUAUUGUGUAGGUUUGUAAUAUUCUACUAUUAGUUGAAUAAAGGACUUUAAGCUAGUU